CAAACCUAAAAAAUUCUUUCGCCUCUCGAUCUUCGUUGCUCCGAUACUGGUGCUUAAUUCCUUCGUUUAUCCUCGAUUUCUUCGUUUGAUCUCCAUGUUGGGUGCUUAAUUUUGAUUCUGUUGGAUCUCUGCCCUGGGUAGGCGAUUAUGAUAUGUAUCGACAACUCGGAGUGGAUGCGAAACGGAGAUUGCUCUCCGUGUAGGUUACAGGCUCAAGCGGAAGCUGUUAAUCUUCUUUGCGGGGCUAAAACCCAGUCCAAUCCGGAGAAUAUGGUGGGGAUUUUGACUAUGGCUGGCAAAGGAGUUCGAGUUUUGACUACUCCUACCUCUGAUCUUGGCAAAAUCUUGGCCUGUAUGCACGGCCUUGAUGUUGGAGGUGAGAUCAACUUAACGGCGGCCAUCCAGAUUGCUCAGCUUGCUCUUAAGCAUCGCCAAAACAAGAAUCAACGUCAAUGGAUUAUUGUUUUUGCUGGAAGUUACUCAAAAGAAUUGGAGGAAAUGAAGCACAUGACCAAGCAAGAGUUCAUUGCCUCCUCAGAAUGAAGAGUAGCGGUAUAUCUAAAAGAGCUUCUGUAUAUAUCGAUGUGUGACAAGGCAUCAUCAACAAGAACCUUGGCAAGCAAGGAUUGGCCGUGUUGCCGAGAAUAAAGAUCUUUACCUUGAAACCUUUGUAUCGAGAUCAGGAAAGCAUACUAGAUGUUUCAAAAGCGAAUCGAGGCUUCAGGUUCUAGACUUAUAAUCCUUUGGGUCAAAUUAUCACGAGACGUACCAGCAUAUUGAAAAUGUGGCUGAACUUUCCAACCCACACAAUAUUAGGAUGAUCUCAAUGGUAGGGUUGCGUCUGAAGGAGAAGAGAAGGUUAGAUUGAAGUUCACAAAGACGCCAAAGCUAAGAAACCUUAUAGGGAAAACGGUGAUGUAGAACUAGAACUUGAUUAUGGUGUAAAUGAGUGUGAGAGGGAGGUAUUGUGGGGUUGAUGUUGUUAAACACACAAAAAAAAAAAUUAAGCAAAAGAUAUUGAUAACAAGGACGACGAACAUGUGGGGAGAGUAGCCACAAACAGGUAUAGAAUGGAUAUGUGGGGAGAGUAGCCACAAACAUGUAUAGAGUGGAUAAGAGAGGUGAAAAGUAUUAUGAGAGUGUAUUGUGCUAAGGAUUUUAUAUUACAAAAAUUGUAUAUAAUGAGAAGAAAGAUGAGAGUAAAGUAGAAGUUCUCACCAUUAGCAUUUAA